AUGGGGGUACUCAGCCAGAUUGAUCGAUCAAAUUUUGAAUUCAGAACGCCAUAUUAUUGGACUACAAUUUCUUUAUCAGCAAGUGCAGACGAACUUAUUAAAGAUAUUUUAGAAGUAAUCAAAAAGGAAGUUAAUAUAAAGUUGGAGCAGAUGACUGCCGCGAAGGAGCUUAAACGAACACUUAAAGCCAAUAAAUACAUACACAAGGUUGACAAUGUAUUGCCAGAUGUUGAAUCCAAUAGGGUGCCUUAUCAAAAGCUUAAAAAGCUUCCAAUGCGCUUUAUAUGCUGCGACCGAGCCAAAUAUACCCUUCUAUGGCCUGGGCAUACUUCUUUUGGGAUUACAAAGCCCAAUAGAAGUAGAAGUAUAAUAUAUGAAAAACAGAAUGUCAAAUAUCAGAUUACAUUACAGGUGACAAUGGGGUUUAUGUCAUUAGGUCCCAACUUUGACAGGCCUGCCAUCAGUAUUUACGAGUCUAUUGCCAAUAAUAAUUGGAAAUGUGCUUACAAUUUCAGGACCCAUAAAUUGGUAUGUUAUGAGGUUGGAUUAAAGCUUUUAUUAACUCAUAAAAUCAUUACACUGAUACUCUAA